AUUCUGUAAAACGCAUGUUAACAACUCAGUUAAUAAAUCUUCAUUAACCAAUGAAUGAACUGUAUAAAGCUUUGAUUUUUAUUAAUUAUAAUUAUUAACUCUUACUGUUUUUUAUUAAACUUUUCAUUCGGUUUUUACAAAGUUUUCAUUUUUAUUUAUUUAUUUUUCUUAAUUCGUAGCCACGCUGUGUAACGACCCACGACACUUGUGGACUGUGAAUGAGUGAAAGCUGGUGCCUUUGUGUGUAUAUAUAUUACUUAUUAUACAUACAGCCCUUCUGCUCAGAGUCUCAGACCAUAUUUAGUGAAGAGAGAGUUGAAGAAGAAGAAGAAGAAAAAUGGGAACUUUAUCUUUUCCUCUCUGAGUCUGAGACACCCUUUUCUUUAUUACCUCUCUUUUUUCUUCUUCCUCUACUCUUUUGACCAUUUUCAUUUUAUACUCUACCCAAUUGGGUAUCAGACGAAGAUAAGAGAGAAAAUGGGGAUAAACAUUUGUUCCAAGCUGUGUUUUUUAAUGGGUUUGGUUUGUGUUUUGAGUUUAGAAUUGAUUCAAUGUAGUGUUACUUAUGAUAGGAAAGCCAUUGUGAUUAAUGGGCAAAGAAGAAUUCUUAUUUCUGGUUCAAUACAUUACCCCAGAAGCACUCCUGAGAUGUGGGAAGAUCUGAUACAGAAGGCUAAAGAUGGUGGUCUUGAUGUGGUUGAAACUUAUGUGUUUUGGAAUGUGCAUGAGCCUUCUCCCGGCAAUUACAAUUUUGAAGGGAGGUAUGAUUUGGUAAGGUUUGUAAAAACCAUUCAGAAAGCUGGUCUCUAUGCUCACCUUCGUAUUGGACCAUAUGUUUGUGCAGAAUGGAAUUUUGGAGGUUUUCCUGUUUGGCUAAAGUAUGUUCCUGGUAUCAGCUUCAGAACAGACAAUGAGCCUUUUAAGAAUGCAAUGCAAGGGUUUACUGAAAAGAUUGUUGGGUUAAUGAAGAGUGAACAUUUAUUUGAGUCUCAAGGAGGCCCCAUCAUACUCUCUCAGAUUGAGAAUGAAUACGGAGUACAAAGUAAGCUAUUUGGCCCUCCUGCCCGGAACUACAUGAAUUGGGCUGCAAAAAUGGCUGUUGGAAUGGACACUGGAGUGCCUUGGGUUAUGUGCAAGGAAGAAGAUGCCCCAGAUCCAGUGAUAAACACAUGCAAUGGUUUCUACUGUGACACUUUCACUCCCAAUAAACCUUAUAAACCUCUAGUUUGGACAGAGGCUUGGAGUGGCUGGUUUACAGAGUUUGGUGGUCCAAUUCAUCAUAGACCAGUUCAAGAUUUGGCAUUUGCGGUUGCUCGAUUCAUUCAGAGAGGAGGGUCAUUUAUUAACUACUACAUGUAUCAUGGAGGUACCAAUUUCGGACGUACAGCUGGUGGCCCUUUCAUCACUACCAGCUAUGACUAUGAUGCCCCAUUAGAUGAAUAUGGUUUGAUUAGGCAACCCAAGUAUGGUCAUCUUAAGGAGCUUCAUAAAGCUAUUAAGAUGUGCGAAAAACCUCUAGUUUCGGCUGAUCCUAUCAUUACUUCUCUGGGGAGUUUCCAACAGUCUCAUGUAUACACUGCGGAAAAUGGAGACUGUGCAGCUUUUCUCUCGAAUUAUGAUACCGAGUCAGCUGCAAGAGUGUUGUUCAAUAACAUGCAUUAUAACUUGCCUCCUUGGUCCAUCAGCAUCCUCCCCGAUUGUCGGAAUGUAGUUUUCAACACUGCAAAGAUCGGUGUUCAAACAUCGAAAAUGGAAAUGUUGCCAACUAGUUCAGAACUGUUCUCAUGGGAGAGUUACAAUGAAGAUGUUUCUUCUAUAGAUGACAGAUCAACAUUCACAGCUCCAGGUCUCUUGGAACAGAUUAAUGUCACGAGAGACACUAGUGAUUACUUGUGGUACAUAACUAGUGUUGAUAUCAGUGCAUCUGAAUCGUUCUUGCACGGAGGGGAACUUCCCACUCUCAUUGUUCAAUCAACAGGUCAUGCCGUUCAUGUCUUCAUUAACGGACAGCUAACAGGUUCGGCCUUUGGAACGAGACGAAGCAGGAGAUUUACAUAUAAUGGCAAGGUCAAUCUACAUGCUGGAAUAAACAAAAUUGCACUUUUGAGCGUCGCUGUUGGAUUACCGAAUGUGGGAGGACACUAUGAAACAUGGAGCACCGGAAUCCUUGGUCCAGUUGCGCUGGAAGGACUCAACCAAGGAAAGUGGGACUUAUCCUGGCAAAAGUGGACCUAUCAGACUGGUCUGAAAGGAGAAGCUAUGGAUCUUGUCUCUCCAAACCAAUUUUCGGCUGUUGAAUGGAUGAGUGGAUCAUUAGCUCAACAAAGACCACAACCAUUGACAUGGCACAAGACUUAUUUUAAUGCGCCUGAAGGAGACGAGCCGCUUGCCUUGGACAUGGAAGGAAUGGGAAAAGGACAGAUAUGGAUUAAUGGCCAGAGUAUUGGAAGAUACUGGACUGCUUAUGCUAAUGGUAACUGCAACGAAUGCCAUUACGCUGGAGGUUUUAAACCUCCCAAGUGUCAGCUCGGUUGUGGACAACCAACUCAACGAUGGUACCAUGUUCCUCGGUCUUGGUUGAGGCCAACACAGAAUCUAUUGGUUCUUUUCGAGGAGCUUGGAGGUAAUCCUUCAAGAAUUUCUCUUGUGAAAAGGUCAGUUUCAAGUGUAUGCGCUGAGGUCGCCGAGUACCACCCAACAAUAAAGAACUGGCACAUAGAAAGCUAUGGAAAAUCCGAAGAGUUCCACAGUCCAAAGGUUCAUCUGCGUUGUAAUCAAGACCAAUCUAUCGCUUCUAUCAAAUUCGCUAGCUUCGGUACUCCUUUGGGAACCUGUGGAAGUUACCAACAAGGAACAUGCCAUUCACCUGCUUCAUAUUCUGUCAUAGAAAGGAAAUGCAUAGGGAAACAAAGAUGUGCAGUAACCAUAUCCAAUAGUAACUUUGGGCACGAUCCAUGUCCGAACGUGUUGAAGCGUCUGACAGUCGAAGCUGUUUGUGCACCAACAGUUGGAGGGGGUAAUUAAGCACACAAGAGAAUGCCUUGCUGUGACUACUACUACUACUAUUACUACUUGACAACAUAGAAGAUUAGUACAGAAAGAGAGAGAAUCAAUGAAGAUUGGAAUGAACCAAACAUAAUUUAGUUAGAUGGAAUUUGCCAUAGCUUUGUUUAAGUUUCUGAGAGUGUUUUUACUGCCAAAGGCAAUUAGUUGUUGAUUUAUGUUGGAUAAUGAGCUACCUACCCUUUAGAGAAUAGGUUGUUUUUCUUUUUUUCAAGAAAAAAGUUUGUACAUUUCUUAAGGUCCUACAAUUUUUGGGUCCUUAAGACUUAGGUAGGGAGAGUUUUCGGCGGCCCCGGUCCCCGGCCUUUUAACGGGUUAUUGGCACCGGGAAAUGAGGUGGUGUAUGUUUAUUGAGUGAUUUGUUAUUAGUUAUUCUGUUUUAUUUUAUUCCUGGGGUUACCUAAAACAAAGUAAAAAAAACACAAUAACCCCAGUUUGGAUCAUCUUAGAAACGGUUCCUAGGAUGACCAUAUUGUUUGUAUGUGCAGUGCAGUAAACUAAUGAAUGAAUUUUACAAGUGCUUUUCUCCA